AUGCCUCCCCGUAGAGCUAACACUAGGAAUGCGAAUGCCAGGAAUGCUAACACAUUUCCUCUAGUCCCAGAUCAGGUAGUUUCCAAUGCAGAGUUUCAAAACACUAUUCAACCUUUCGCUCAAAGUAUGAAUAUUCAGAACAAUCAGCAGGUUGAGGGAGAUAAGCUUAGGGAAAUUGCUAAGAUCAUGAGCAAUGAUCGAUACAAGAGUAUCGAGCAUUGUGUAGCAGUUGAUUCGAGCAGGGAUCGAAUAUCCCUACCGCUAUUUGUGAACGCUAGCCUUGACAAUGUCAUUGGUCCAUUUCCACAAAUGCUGAAAGAUGGAGAAAAACCAGUGUACCAAGUCGUGGAGUACCAAAAGUGUGCUAAACCACUUGCUAAAAAAUUGUUAGAGGUGCUAUUGAAGGGUCUCAAUGUCAAUGAAAUUAAUGAAUCCUUAGAACCUCUCUUGAUGGGAACUAUGAAUAUCAACAUAAACUAUUAUCCACCAUGCCCAAAUCCAAGUAUCACCAUAGCGGCUCGCCGACACUGCGACGUGUCCUGCAUCACUCUACUCUUCCAAGAUGAAACGGGGGGCUUAUAUUUCCGAGGGACUAAAGGAGAUAAUUGGAUCGACACAAAUCCAAUCAAAGGUGGCUUAGCAGUUAACAUAAGUAACCUGUUGCAGAUCAUGAUCAAUAAUCAAUACAAGAGUAUCGAGCAGUGUGUAGAAGUUGAUUCGAGCAGGGCUCGAAUAUAUGUACCUCUAUUUGUGAACGCUAGCCUUCACAGUGUCAUUGGUCCAUUUCCAGAAAUGCUGAAAGAUGGAGAAAAAUCAGUGUACAAAAAUGUCUUGCAUUCUGAUUAUUGGGAUUAUUUCUACUGUAAGAGGCCUUCUUGUAUAACAUCACUAGAUUUUGUUAAAAUUUGA